CGCACCUUUGGCAUCCAUUUUCAGUAGAACAAAAAAAAAAGUGCAACAGGGAAACACUUCCCUUUUAUUUUAAAAACAAGCGUUGUCAGUAGGCAGAACCGAUGACCCAUAGAACAGCAUCAGGAGGAGCAUAAAGGAGGAGGAAGAUCAGAAAGACAUUGUGGUCGUCGUGCGUUUUUCUGUUUGAAGCUUGGAGUAGAGAGGGAUGGAUCCGCUUGAACACAUGCUGACAGACCCUCUGGAUCCAAAAGAGGAAGACGGAGGACAAAUCACAGAGGAGUGCAUGCUUGGGAACUGUAAAGUGGAUCUCCCAGAGGAUCUGCUGGAGGAUCCUGACAUUUUCUUUUCCGUGCUGAGUGAAAACACCUGGAAUGAAGUACUGACAGACUCUCAGAGACAACAUCUUCAACAGUUUCUCCCCCAGUUUCCUGACAACAUAGAAGAGCAGGACCGCACCAUCAGGGACCUGUUCAACAACACAAACUUUAACUUUGGAAAUCCGCUCCAUCUCGCACAGAGGCUGUUCAGAGAUGGUUACUUCAAUCCGGAAGUGGUCAAGUACAGACAGCUGUGUGCCAAAUCCCAAAGGAAGCGCCAGCUGCAUUCCCUUCAGCAGUAUUACCACAGACUCUUGAAGCAGAUUCUCGUCUCCAGAAAGGAGCUGCUUGACUUUGCAGUUCAGAACGGCCUGGACUUUCCACCAAAAAGACGACUGCCAAACAAGACUCAGACUGAAAUGCGUGAGUCAAGAGUGAGAAGAAGACUAAGCCGCAUCCUGAAGGAGGUCAAAACUGAGUGUGAAGACAGCAAUGCUUCCUCUGAUGAUGAUGGUGAUAUCUCAUUGUGGAAUCCUGCCCCUCAGUCUCCCUCAUCUCCCGCUCCUACUGUCUCGCUCAGAGUUCUUCCUAGCCUCUCCACCCCAGACAUGAAGAUUACAGAAAAAGUAGAACUAGGCGAACUGGACUUGAAAGUCAUGCUGCAUCACCAUCGUGAGAAAAGGAAACGCCAGCCAGAUCAUCCAGACUUGGUAACCUCUGAUAUCCACCUCGGCGAUGUACUAUCAAGAGCAAACAUUGGUCGGAAGGGGGCUUUGCCACUCUUUGACCUGUUGCUGCCCAAGAAGAAGAUAAGAGAUGACAGAAAGAAGAAGAAACUGAAGGGAAUAAAAGUGGAAUCUGAGGAUCCUUGUGAAACUCUGACACCUUCAGACUCCUGCUCAGCCCCACCAGUGAACAUCAUCAACUCUUUGCCAGACGCGCCUUCCACCCCUCUCACCAACAUCAAGGAGGAAAUUGUGGAAGAAUCUCAAAGCAGCCCUGUCGCAGUUGAGGAAAUAACCGCCAGUUUCUUCAGCUUGUUGGAAAACAUCUUCAGAGCAGAAGGUCUUGCCAGUACCUUAAUGUUGGAGGAAAAGGUUCAGAUGUGGCAGUCCUCUCCAGCCAGUUCUCUCAAUGCAUGGUUUUCAUCAGCCUCAUGCUGGUCUGAUCUGGUUCUUCAAGCUCUCCAGUUUCUUGCAGGAGAGACUAAAGAUGGCAUGAUGGCGCUCCCUAGUGGCUUUUCUCCGUUUGUGGAGUUUGUUGAUGAGUUCCAGCAGUGGAGAUGGAUUGGCCCCUCUCAGGAUACAGAGAAGGAUCUCAGUGCGCUCUGUCAGCUCUGGCUGGACUCCAAAGAUUUUAUUGUCAAGACAGAAAAUGAAGACAUGUUGGAUCUUACAUCAUCCACACCGAAACUUUCAACUGACUAUGUGGUGCGGCCCAGCACUGGAGACGAGAAGCAAGUGUUUCAAGUCCAGGAACAGCAGCGAUAUAACCAGCCUCACAAAGCGUUUACCUUCAGGAUGCACGGCUUUGAGUCCGUGGUGGGCCCAGUUAAAGGUGUAUUUGAUAAGGAAAUGUCACUGAAUAAAGCUAGAGAGCACACGCUGCUUCGCUCUGACCGGCCACCCUACGUCACCAUCCUCUCUCUGGUUCGGGAUGCAGCUGCCCGGUUACCCAAUGGAGAGGGAACAAGGGCGGAGAUCUGUGAACUUUUGAAAGACUCACAGUUUCUUGCUCCAGACGUCACAAGUGCACAAGUGAACACAGUCGUCAGUGGGGCACUGGAUAGACUUCACUAUGAGAAGGACCCCUGUGUGAAGUAUGACAUCGGCCGCAAACUGUGGAUUUACCUGCACCGCCACCGCAGUCAAGAAGAGUUUGAGAGGAUCCACCAAGCUCAGGCUGCAGCUGCCAAAGCAAGAAAAGCUCAGCAGCAAAAACCCAAACCAGCGUCUAAACCGAAAUCUGGAAGUAAAGACGGAAGCAGCAAAACACCUGGAUCUCUGGAGGCAGGACUGGACUUAGGCUGUAAUUCAAUGUCUCCUGUCCCUACAACUCCCACCCCAAACACUCCUGGAACUCCCAAAUCACCACUACCUCUCUCUGCUACCACACCAACAAAGACUGGAGUCCCAGAUACGACCAAAACCAGCCCAGGUGUUCUCCUUGUCUCUCCUCCAUCCCUGCCUCAGUUGGGAACAAUCCUGCCCACGAGUCAGGCUUGUCCACCUGCCUCACAGCCGGUAACUUCCCAGCAAGCCGCUCGGAUAGUGAGUCACCUGGCAGCGGGCUCCCUCCCGCAGGUGCGGGUUGUUUCCACUCAGCCUGGCCUGGGUCCAUCAGCGGUCGCUCAGCAGGCCACACUGAUGCAUCAGACUUCUCACCAGAUCCGGAUGCCUGUGUCAGUGGCGGCUAAGGGCAUUUCACAGGCAGUUGUUUCUGUGCCUCUAAGAGGUCCAUCUGGUGGUAGUCCAGUCCAUGUUCCAACCACCCUUUCUGUGUCAGCUCUUACUGUAACCAAGCCUCAGACUGGAUCUCCGCGUAGCCCCGCUAACAACCCCACUUCUCCAGCUGUGCUGCAAGGUGUCACCACGCCAAACAUCAAACAGGUUUCCAUCACUGGACAGCUGGGAAUGAAGACUCCAGGUGGAGCAAGAAUUCCAAUAACUGCAACAAACUUGCGCAUCCAGGGUAAAGACGUCCUCCGCCUCCCCCCGUCCUCCAUCACCACAGACGCCAAAGGCCAGACAGUGCUGCGGAUAACCCCAGACAUGAUGGCUACUCUUGCCAAAUCUCCGGUUGCGACCGUAAAACUAACUUCUGACUUCUUGGGUGGGGCCGGCACAGGCAGCAAGAGCAUAUCAGCCACUCUACACGUAGCUCCACCUCACCCUUCAUCCUCUGCCUCUGGUACCCCACCCAGCACCAGGGAAGCACAGACAACUAAAUCAGGCCCCGUUGCCUCCACCUUGCUGAAGGCUGGAGGAGACACGGCCAUAAGGUUGAUGCCGACUUUAGCUGUCAGCGUGGCAGACCAAAAAUCCAGGACCUUCUCCACCGUGGCGUCCCCAGACAAGAGCAGCGCAACCAUUCGAAUAAUGCCAGGCCUUGGGGUUAUUCCACAGAAGCAGGGUCAGACCAUCACAAUGACAACAGCCAGUGGCAGCAAACCACUGACAGCGUCUACAUGUGCCAACAUUGUGACCAUGGCUGCUAGCGUUGUGGCUGGAGCUAAAGGGAUCACCGUGGCUCCCGGAGGGUCCAGUUCACCUCUGUCCUUAGGAGCAGCUACAGCUACUGUGAGACAAGUGCCUGCUUCAGUUGUUACAACACAAACGGGUAAGCUACCUGCAAGGAUCACUGUGCCCCUCUCUGUCCUCAACCAACCCCUGAAGAGCAAGAGUGUUGUGACGACUCCAAUAGUCAAAGGAAAUCUCAAUACAAAUAUCAGCAGCCUCGGCAGGAACAUUAUCCUGACCACGAUGCCUGCUGGAACAAAACUAAUAGCGGGGAACAAGCCGGUCAGUUUUGUCACAGCACAACAAUUCCAGCAGCUUCAGCAGCAAGGGCAGGCAACACAGGUUCGAAUACAAACCGUCCCGACACAGCAGUUGCAGCACCACGUCGCAGCUGGUUCCCCCAAACCCGUUUCAACGGUGGUUGUCACAACAGCACCUUCACCUAAAUGUGCACCUGAUCCUCCAGCUGCCCCUCAGCAGUGAUCUGAUGAGUCAGCGGUAAAUGUUUGUGGCUGUUAACUCGAUCCAGCCUCACAGUGAGUGUUUCAGCCUUGGAUGAGACUGACAUGUUCUCCGUUUGAGGGAGUUGACGUUUUCAUAUGUAUUUCUCCCUCACGUUCUCCACAUUGUUACAGCCCAAAUCAUUUGUAAGCCGAGCUUUUGAAAAAGAUAGUAGACCCUGUGCUUUCUGGAUAUUUCCUUUUUGAUGAGUGAUUUUCCACUUUUUUUGUCAUGUUUAUUUCAUAAAUCAGAUAUGGUUGAAUUUAUAUGAACGUUGUGAUUUCUGUGUUCUCUUACAAGGUGAUGUAUUUAAAAGCUGAUCGUAUGUUUCAAGUUACCACGUUUCUUUGUUGUCAAGGUCUUCCUUUUUCUUUGGAAGAACCAAAAAUAAACCACACUAAUGUUUA